AUGCCCUCCUUCCUCGACUUGCCACGCGAAAUCCGCGACGAAAUUUACAAGUAUGUACUCUUUUCGCCCAGCGGGCUCGUCACUCCUACAUUCACGCCACAUUACGCCACCCUGAAAUCCCGCCGCCGCAACUUCACAGCCAAAACCAAGCUCCAUCUCCUCACCAAUCCCCACGACGCCCGCAAUGGCGACGCUCUCAUCCCCAGGUCCCAGACCCGGCGUCCCUGGAAGGGCAAGGAUACCCGCACGUCGAUAAGCCUCGCUCUGCCGAGCACCUGUCGCCAGAUCUACCACGAAACGCACGGCCUGUUCUGGGACAACAACACCUUCUACUUCGACGGCUUGCACGAGUCCGGACGCGGGCUCGGCAUCGUACGCACGCUCAAGCUGAUGGGUCAGACGGCCAGCCGGCUGAUCCAGCGGGUCACGAUCCGCAUGACCAGCUCCUAUACCGAAAUCAGCGCCCUCCGCAAGGUGCUACAUACGCUGUCCAGUCGAGCGCGGCUGGGGCAUUUCAGGACUUUGGAGCUGGUAUGGGAGGACGCGGAGUUCGGUGAGCUGCUACAUAGCUAUAUGGAAAGUCUUGCUGAGCUUGUGCUAUUUGAUACGGUGAUGCAGGAUUUGAAGGUUGGUGGGGGAGGUGGCGAGUGGUUUGAGAGGGUCGUGAGGGUUCCCCGGAGACCUGAGCAGGAGGCUGAUCGGGAUGCUUUUGAUGAGGUGGUCAGUCAGAUGCAUUACGCGGUUGGGGGGAAGAUGGUUUGUGGUGGGGUAGUGAGGUGGGAGAAUCAUGUUAUGGUUUGA